CUCACAGGGUGUGUCUAGUGGGUCGCUAUUUAUCACCUUAGUGAAUCUUGCAAUACUGUUAAGUGAUGUUCCGUGACUUUUAUACGCUAAUGCUACAAAAUUAUAAUUUUUAAGUGACAACGUUGGCCAGUAAAAAUGGAAGUCAAUUCAAUGAAGUGGUAUGCUACAGUGGUAUUAGUGAUAUGCUUUACAAGCCAGGAAAAUAUUUUACUGACAGAAGGCGUAGUGAUUCCUGCCAACAUACCUGAUUAUCUUUUAGAAUGCUACAACAAUUCAUACAUACUCACGAAGGACAACCUUCUCCCCAUGACAGUAAAUUCACUGAUUUCCCUCAUAAGAAAAAUAGAAGAUACAGUUUCAACGAGUAUGGACAUGAGAACUUUAGUACCUGCUAUUUUGUCAAGGUUUCGAUUUGAUGGCAUAGAAAGGAACCCGAAUAUUAAUCCGCAACAGUAUGUAAUCCCGUAUGGGCCGAACGGCCCGGAGUUUUUCCUUUUUAGAACACUAUUUCAGCAAGUAUUGCCUAACGUAGGAAGCUCAUUUCCAAAUGACACACUUUCUUAUGUAGAACGUUGUACCCUUCAUUGGAUGCUAAGUAAUUCAAUCGACAUUUGGGAUCAUGGAGAUAAUAGCGCUUCUUGUCCGACCAGCCAUCAAUUUUAUAACGGCCAGAGGUACCCAAGGGAUCUUUCUAAAAUUGGAGAAUCUGAAGUCUUUGACCUGAAUGCCAUAAAGCCGCAGGGGAGAAUAAUGACAGGAUCAAAAGGCUAUUACCAACAAAAUAAUUUCGGCCCCAUUGAAUCUGCUUGCCCAAUAGAAAACGGGAUAAUCUACUCAGUAUAUGGAGACAUUUCACCAGGGACUGUUCUUGCUGGAAUAAGUGCAGGGUUGAACCCACAAAGAUCGCCUCCUAGAAAUUUGUACAAAGCUCAACCCAGAGGACUUAGAAGAAAGCCAACUCAACCUCCAGAUUAUAGAGGAAGACCUAGAGGAGGAUAUAAUCCUCCGUUUAACAACGGUGGUGAUGGGUAUGGUGGCUAUCCAGGCUAUGGUGGAGGUGGUAAUAACCCAGGCAUUGGAUACCCUAGUGAUCCUGGAUAUGGCUACGGUCCAAAUGGUGUAGGCCCACAAGACAUCGACAGCAAAUAUGCUGCUACUCUUGCAGGUCAAUUGUCAUACAUAGCACUUUUACAAGGACCAGAAUCCAAUAAGCAAAUUCCAAUGGGUGGAAGUGGCAACUGGAACAGCACUCUCACACCGAAAUAUUACUUUCUCAACAAUUAUUACAAGUACAUGGUUACAGAUGCAAGAAUAAGAGGAAGCUUAGACGGUAUGAUAUUGGCUGAUAACAUACAGAACUGGGUUAGCCUCGGAAGAGGCAAUCUCAAAUUGUCACAAGUUCUCAGUAUGUAUUACUCGCAAAAGGGAGUAUUUGGUACCGACAUUAAAGCUUGUAACAGAAAAGGAUAUUUUGAAAAGUAUACACAUGAUUUGGGAGAGCAAGCAUUCUCAAUGGCUGAAGUACUGAAAGAUGAUUUGCCGCCAUCAGUGACGGUAAAGGACGAAGGGAUCCAUGAGUAUACGGAUGAAUCGGUGCAGAUUUUAAGGAGUUACAUACCAACACUUCCUGAUUUACAAUGUGUCAGGGAUGAUACGAACAGCAGUGUCCAGCCAACAGUCGAUUUACAUGUGGUUGUAGACUGUAGUUGGAAUUUUCUAGAUAUUGUGAAUCUUUUAUUGGCUAUAGGUGAAAAAUGCGAUUUGCGAAAAUAUGGUGGGAAUCUGACAGUAAUUAAUGCAAAAGAUGGUACUGUUAUGAUCGAAUCGGCACAAAGUAUUAUGGAUCUAGGAACACAGUUUAAUUCAUCCAUGUACACUACAAAACCUAUGGGCCUCGACUUAACAAAAGUGCUCAGUAUGCUUAGGCACAGAUUCAAAGAUAAAGCGGAUUAUGACAAACAGCAAAAUUCAGCUGGUGGGAUUGCAAGGAUCGUUGUGAUAAUUCCAUCUAUGACAGCUUCAGUUCCUGAUAAUGAUGCGAAUAAUGCAAAAUCUAUACUACAGUAUUUUAAAGAGAACAUACCAGAUGUUACCUUCUUGUACCUUGUUCAGGGUUCCAAAGACAAAUGGAAUCCUUUUGCCAUUGAACCACGCACAGAUGUGAUCCUCUACAACCUGAACAACCCUGUAGCCCCUUUGAUCAACAGACUCAUGACAGUUCCAAGAAUAAUAAUCAACCCAACAUGUGGCCGUUACUGGUCAGGAUAUUGGUACAAUGAAGUAAGCUUGAAAGGAUAUCUUGACAACAGUGAAACGCACUUUUAUAAAAUAAGCACCAAUUAUUUCUUCAGAGAAGCAAAUGCAAAAAUAACAAUAUCAACUGAUACAACAACGCCAACCCUGAAUUUCUGCAUGUCAAGAACAAACCCUAUGCCUGUCGUAGACAAUUCAAAGUCAGGAGAUGUCACUUGUCAACAGAUCACAACCGGUAAUCGCUACAGUUUCACAAUUCCGAAGGAUGUUUGCACCAGCGUUUACUAUGUGGCACAGUGCAACCCAUAUUACUUUUCAGUGUCUAACAACCAGCGCGGUUCACAAAUAUCGAUAACUUGCAAUGAUCCUGACUGUAGAGAUCCGGAUUUGGUCAAGUACACUAUCAGUCAUCAAGGGCUUUCUUGCUACAGCGGGGUUUCACAAAUCCUCAUGUCACCCGCAAUUUUAAUAUUUGUCAUUUUUAUAAAUUUGAAUCGUUAUUUUUAGUCUCCUCUCUCUGUUAAAACUGCAAUAUUCUUUUCCUUUUUAUAGAAUUUUAUAUUAUUACUUUAAUAGACAAUUACAAUUAGAACGUAUGUAGCCUAUUGUCAUUAAAACUAUAAAAACAAAACAUUUUUAAAACCAUUUUUUGAUUAUUAUGUUAAACUGACAUACACAAUCAUUUAAAUACACACAUAAUAACUUAUAAAUUCCUAUAUUUUCUAAACA